GGAGAACGUGAAGCCAAACUGAGGCGUGUCUAGUCUCUAGCCGCGUUGGAUCGGCACGUCACAAAGCACCACGUGACUGCAGAAAUUCUUCUUAUUUUGGGAGAUGUCAGUGUGCGAUGAUUUAUUGCUGUGUAACUACCGCAAGUGCCGAGUGAAGUUAUCAGGUUAUGCCUGGGUUACAGCCUGCUCACAUAUAUUCUGUGAUCAACAUGGUAGUGGGGAGUUUAGUCGGUCACCAGCAGUUUGCCCUGCUUGUAACAGCACCCUUUCUGGUAAGCUCGACAUUGUGCGCACUGAGCUAAGCCCUUCAGAAGAAUAUAAGGCAAUGAUGCUUGCUGGAUUGCGUCCUGAAAUUGUUCUGGACAUUUGUUCCAGAGCUUUAGCAUUCUGGACAUACCAGGUGUACCAGGAACGCCUGUACCAAGAGUAUACUCACAGUAAGGCAGAAGGGCACUUAAAACAGGUGGAGAAACUAUACACUCAUCAGUUGCAAAGCAAGGAUUCAGAACUCACUGCUAUGAAAGGAGAGGUGACCUCCCUAAAAAAAAUUCUGGAAGAAUACAAAAGAAAGUACAGUGACCUUUCGGAAAGACUAAUGGAGCGCAAUCGGCAGUAUCAGAAGUUGCAGGGGAUGUAUGAUUCGAUGAGGUUGCGCAACAUUGCUGUGAUUAACAGGGAGUCCUGUGCAGAGCGAUCACAAGAAGACCUCUCUGGAGUAUUUGGGUUUCAGCCAGGCAAUUCAUUUAGAUUUCCAACUGUUAGAACGCCACCUGCAAGAUGUUCUGAUGGCGACCUGCGCUCAAAGCCAUUCUUCUGCACAACACCUUCUGAGGAACCUGGAAACCCCAUCUUCUCCUCUCCUGGAAACAAUCAGCAAAACUUGGAUGCAUCCAGAGCAUUCAAGAUCACAAGGAUGUAACACUUGGCACAGGAAAUAGUGCAGUCUGAGGGGCUUAAUGUUAAAGGGGAUAGUCAUCCUAUUAAGUUCAGGAAUUCUGUUGGAAUCACUAAACAUAUGUACGUUUCUAAAAUAUAUGCAUUGUUCUUAAUGUUGCAAAGAUAAGCAAUACUUUGCUUCGCUCCAAAGGGCAACCUCAGUCAGCCCCUACUUCAAGUAAUCGGAUUGGUCUCCUACUACACUGCCCUCUUUGAGCCAAUGGGAAGCAAGAAUGUUCAACUCUGGUUGUGUAUUCCCUAUUGUGACAGGGUCUGACUGUGCUGAGACACCAGCAUGAUCGGCGGCUGCUUAGGGAUCUUGACCAGCUUAGGUAGGGCUGGCUGAGGUUGCCUGUUGGAGCGCAGAAAAAAAUUGUGUUGUUAGCCUAGUCAAAGUACAAUUUUUGGAAAUACAGUAAGUAGGAUUUAGCUUGUAUAUGUCAGAACACAAAAACGGUUUUGCCAUUAUAAUGUUUCUAUCCUUUUGUAUGUAUGUAUGUAUGUAUGUAUGUAUGUAUGUAUGUAUGUAUGUAUGUAUGUAUGUAUGUAUCUAUAUAUAUAUAUAUAUAUAUAGUCCACGAGGUAGCCUGCAUUCUCGAUAAAUGGUUUAAGUUGACUGGGUGCAGUAUCAAAAUUUAAAUGUAUACCAAGCAAAGAACGGAUCCGCACUCUCAGGUGUUAAAUAAAAAGUUUAAUUGUAAGAUGCGAGACUGAUGUUUCGGCCUCCUCCAAGGCCUUUCUCAAAGUGUCUGUUUGUUUGUUUGUAAGAAUGCCAUAAAUACAAAAAUUUGGCGGGAAGCUAAGCAAAUGGGAACUGACGUAUUGAUAACAUCACAAAACAAAACUGCCAUUUAAAUAUCACUAAUGACAUCUCAAGAAAUGUAAUAAAAGUGCAUAGCACAUAUAUAAAUA